GCUGAUACAAACCAACACACACAAUGACUCUGGUACAGUGACUGAUACAAACCAACACACACAAUGACUCUGGUACAGGCUGACCCAUACCAAGUUACCUAUACAAUGACUCCAGUACAGGCUGACCCAUACCAAGUUACCUAUACAAUACAAUGACUCCAGUACAGGCUGACCCAUACCAAGUUACCUAUACAAUGACUCCAGUACAGGCUGACCCAUACCAAGUUACCUAUACAAUGACUCCAGUACAGGCUGACCCAUACCAAGUUACCUAUACAACACAAUGACUCGAGUACAGGCUGACCCAUACCAAGUUACCUAUACAACACAAUGACUCGAGUAUAGGCUGACCCAUACCAAGUUACCUAUACAAUGACUCCAGUACAGGCUGACCCAUACCAAGUUACCUAUACAAUACAACUGUAGGAUACUUCAUCCCUUACACUGCAACAACCAAUAUGGCGGUAUCUUUGACGAAUUAGGCCUAAUUGGUCAAAGAAGUAAUAAGUAGUGAAACUGCAGACAGCUUUGUAGUUGAAUGUGCAGAAUAUUUAGAUUAGUUUGGACCAUAUUUAUGCUGAAGGCGGGAGUUAUUUUAUCCUUCUUUUCAUACUGGUGAUAUGAAAAACAAAAUGGUGUGAUGAAAAGCUCUCAAAUUUAGUGAUUCAACUGUUUUCUUACAGAGACAUAAUGUGUCAUCUCUAAAUGUUUACAACUGUACUCAUAAAUAUUUCAAAUAGGUCUGCUGUAAAAGGUUACAUUUCUUUCUUCUUAUACAAGCAUGCCACACAUGACUGGGUGACCUGAAACCAAUGAUGACUCAGUAUCAUUUGUGGGAGUACUGUACAUGCCACAGAGUAGUGUCACUCUUGUGCAAAGCUCUGCAGUGCAAACAUUACACCCUUUUAUGGCUUCUCUGCUACAGGGGAUACAUGGUUUAGGGUAGUGGUAGGGGUACGUCUUACCUUACCAUCACUCAACAGUGUGUGUUCCUAAAUUCAAUCUGGAGUGCUUAGAGUGCGCUCGUAAAUUCAUCCGUUAUUCUGCGCUCUGGCACACUCAGGCGAGAGUGCUCUGAAAUUGGAGUAGAUAGCCAGAGUGAAUUUACGAACGCACCCACAGAUUCACACACAAAAUAGGCCUAGCUACACUUUUCCAAAUCCUAUAUGGCUCCACCCUGAAGGAUCUGGUGAUGAUGGGAUGGGUGUUUGUGUAAUAACGGUGCUUCUGGUUCCUGCUUGCUAUUCUUAAUUUAAUCCGAUGCAUGUCUCUUCCAGCAUGGCUUCCUGUGCUCUAAUACUGUCUGUAUUGAUGCUGUCUCAGGAGGUUUCAAUGAAACAACCUCAGUCUACUCAACUUGACUACCUGGUGGAAAAAAACAAAGAAUUUGUGCAAUAAAACCAAUCAACAUUUGAUUUAAAAAAAACAUUGAAAAACUGUUUAGAAUGAAAAUUAAUUUGGCUUUGUGAAGUAAUGAAUAAAGUGCUGUUGCGUAAUAUAAUUUACCAUCAACUGUGUCCAUAAGAGAUUAUUAGAGGCAGUAAGCAUCGGCCACAUCUGGCCUGUACAAUGCAAUGAAACCAGUUCAUGCAGCUCAGAAACUUCUCAGUAACCCUGUUACUAAUACUGAAGGUUUUCCUUGUCAAUUGACCCCAUAUUUUUUGUCUUCCAGUGUGUAUUAACCUCUUUUGGAAAGUGAAUCGCAUGCUCUGAAAGAUGGACAUUUGUACGUGUUUCCCCUGUUCGUUUGGUUGAUCCUUUAAUUUCAAGUUACCGGCUCUUUUCUUUCCUUUCCUUCCCUGUUUCUUCUCAUCUUAACCACCAUUACUCUGUUCCUCUCUACCAAAUGUUACUGCCUACUUCUGUAACAUUUUUUCUUACUUUCUGUAAAAAAAAAUCUUACUUUCUGUAACAUUUUUUUCUUACUUUCUGUAACAUUUUUUCUUACUUUCUGUAAAAAAAAAUCUUAUUUUCUGUAACAUUUUUUCUUACUUUCUGUAACAUUUCCACUUUUUUCCCCAAUACUACAUCUUCAUCCAUGACUUUAAUUUGUUUUUCUGUUUUAUUUUUCUCUUCUUUCUUUCUACACCCCUUCCCCCUUUUUUGUUGUCCUGUCUUCAUCCCAAUCAUGAUCUGUUUCCUCUUUCAUUUGCUUUGUACCCCUGUCACCGAUCAUACCAUGCCAUGCCGUGCCCUGUGUUCCCCGUCCACCUCACAACCACCUCCACCUGCAUUGUCCUUCGUGACUCCCACCCGUACCCCAUUCCUCCCUCCUGUGUGUGUCUCCCCUGUGUCUCUGCCUCCCCACCCUUCUCUCUCCCAGAGACCAUGUCAGUGCGGGGCAGUGGCACUGGCAGUUUGCGGGGUUCAGUGCGAGGCAGUGGUGGUGGAGGCUCGUUCAGCAUGCACUCCCUGCUCCAGUCGUACGGCUCCGCCCUGCGCCGACCACGCAGCCUGGGCCGCAGCCUCAGCUCCUAUCUCAACCACACCACACGCCUGGAGAUAGUCCAUGAAGAUGUGAAGAUCGGCUCUGAUGGGGAGAGUGACCAGGUCUCGGCCACCUCUUCUGAUGAAGUACACAGUCCUGUCAGGGUCCGCCUCAGGAACAACUCUGUACGCAAGAUAUCCACCGAGGAUAUAAACAAGCGGUUGUCCUUGCCUGCGGACAUCCGUCUCCCAGAUGGCUACCUAGAGAAGUUCUGUCUGAACAGUCCUCUUUUUGACAAGCCUCUGAGCCGGAGGCUAAGGAGAGUCUCCCUGUCAGAGAUUGGCUUUGGGAAGCUGGAGACCUAUGUGAAGCUGGAUAAGCUAGGAGAGGGAACCUAUGCCACGGUAUACAAAGGGCGCAGCAAGCUGACUGACAACCUGGUGGCUCUGAAAGAGAUCCGAUUGGAGCAUGAGGAGGGGGCUCCCUGCACUGCCAUCAGAGAGGUGUCUCUGCUGAAGGAUCUGAAACAUGCCAACAUAGUGACCCUCCACGACAUCAUCCACACGCAGAAGUCUCUCACGCUGGUCUUUGAGUACCUGGAUAAAGACCUUAAGCAGUAUCUGGAGGAUUGUGGCAACUCUAUCCACAUGCACAAUGUGAAGCUCUUCCUGUUCCAGCUGCUGCGUGGCCUCAACUACUGCCACCGCCGCAAAGUCCUCCACAGAGACCUCAAACCCCAGAACCUGCUCAUCAACGACCGCGGAGAGCUCAAACUGGCUGACUUUGGCCUGGCCCGGGCUAAGUCCAUUCCCACCAAGACCUACUCCAACGAGGUGGUGACGCUAUGGUACCGUCCCCCAGACAUCCUCCUAGGAAGCACUGACUACUCAACGCAGAUAGAUAUGUGGGGAGUAGGUUGUAUCUUCUAUGAGAUGUCUACAGGCCGCCCCCUGUUUCCUGGCUCCACAGUGGAGGAGGAGCUGCACUUCAUCUUUAAACUGCUAGGUACACCCAAUGAGACAUCCUGGCCUGGAAUCACCUCCAAUGAGGAAUUCAUCUCGUACAACUACCCCCGGUACAGAGCCGACUCUCUACGGAAUCACACACCAAGACUGGACAAUGAAGGAGUGGAACUGCUGUCCAAACUGCUGCAGUUUGAGGGAAAGAAGCGCAUCUCAGCAGAGGAGGCCAUGAGGCAUCCAUACUUCCACAGUCUGGGAGACAGAGUGAUCACACUGCCUGACACUACAUCAAUAUUUUCACUUCAAGACAUUCAGCUGGAGAAGGAGCCCGGAGGUAGAAGCAGCUCCUUGUCUGAUUCAGUGAACAGCAUAUCUCGACGACAGAGCCUGCUUUUCUGAGUGGAGUGAGAGAAAGACUGACGAACGAGAGGACGGGAAGCUGAUACAUUUCCGUGUGCGAUGAAGGGAUACAUAUUCAUCUUUAUACCUUUUGAAUUGUCAUUGUUGGUCCAUUUAGUGUUGAGAGGUUCACUAGCUGUUUACAUGUAAGACGAGGCUGAGGAGGAUACCUGUUUUUCUUCUUUGUUUGCUCUCAAUAUGCACUCUCUCCUCUAUAUAGAAACGUUUACUGUCAGACACACUUUUACCAUCACGUAUACUGUAAAUGCUGACGGGCAAAGAAAGCCUUACCAUUUUUCCUUGUAUAGCUAACUACUGUGAUCUUUAGUUUACAGGCUGACAUAAUUGCAGUCCUGUAUAAUUAAAUUUAGACAUGUCAGGACAUUCUUUGAAUGCAAUAAUCAUCACCCGUACAUUUUAAUGGAUUUGGACCAAAGUUUUCGACUCACUUAAAUUAUGCACAAUGCUAUUGUAAUACCCCUAGCUAGAACCUUUCAAAUUUGUAUUGUAUAAUACCACAAUGAAGGAAUAAUUUGAAAAAUGACAAGGCUUGAAUAAGUGUUGAUUAGAGUUGUCUUUUAACUUAGGGAGGAAUAAUACAGUGAGGCUGUAGUGUCUCACCUUGGUCUUCCACACUCCCAUUUCCACCACAGCAAGGUAUUAGUCUAUCCCUCCCAUUUCCACCACAGCAAGGUAUUACAGUCUAUCCCUCCCAUUUCCACCACAGCAAGGUAUUAGUCUGUCCCUCCCAUUUCCACCACAGCAAGGUAUUAGUCUGUCCCUCCCAUUUCCACCACAGCAAGGUAUUAGUCUGUCCCUCCCAUUUCCACCACAGCAAGGUAUUAGUCUAUCCCUCCCAUUUCCACCACAGCAAGGUAUUACAGUCUAUCCCUCCCAUUUCCACCACAGCAAGGUAUUAGUCUAUCCCUCCCAUUUCCACCACAGCAAGGUAUUAGUCUGUCCCUCCCAGCUCCACCACAGCAAGGUAUUAGUCUAUCCCUCCCAUUUCCACCACAGCAAGGUAUUACAGUCUAUCCCUCCCAGCUCCACCACAGCAAGGUAUUAGUCUGUCCCUCCCAGCUCCACCACAGCAAGGUAUUAGUCUGUCCCUCCCAGCUCCACCACAGCAAGGUAUUAGUCUGUCCCUCCCAGCUCCACCACAGCAAGGUAUUAGUCUGUCCCUCCCAUUUCCACCACAGCAAGGUAUUACAGUCUAUCCCUCCCAUUUCCACCACAGCAAGGUAUUAGUCUGUCCCUCCCAUUUCCACCACAGCAAGGUAUUAGUCUAUCCCUCCCAUUUCCACCACAGCAAGGUAUUAGUCUGUCCCUCCCAUUUCCACCACAGCAAGGUAUUACAGUCUAUCCCUCCCAUUUCCACCACAGCAAGGUAUUACAGUCUGUCCCUCCCAUUUCCACCACAGCAAGGUAUUAGUCUGUCCCUCCCAUUUCCACCACAGCAAGGUAUUAGUCUAUCCCUCCCAUUUCCACCACAGCAAGGUAUUAGUCUAUCCCUCCCAUUUCCACCACAGCAAGGUAUUAGUCUAUCCCUCCCAUUUCCACCACAGCAAGGUAUUACAGUCUAUCCCUCCCAUUUCCACCACAGCAAGGUAUUACAGUCUGUCCCUCCCAUUUCCACCACAGCAAGGUAUUAGUCUAUCCCUCCCAUUUCCACCACAGCAAGGUAUUACAGUCUAUCCCUCCCAUUUCCACCACAGCAAGGUAUUACAGUCUAUCCCUCCCAUUUCCACCACAGCAAGGUAUUAGUCUGUCCCUCCCAUUUCCACCACAGCAAGGUAUUAGUCUAUCCCUCCCAUUUCCACCACAGCAAGGUAUUAGUCUAUCCCUCCCAGCUCCGUAAUCAUUGAAGGGGGAUAUUAGUUUAGUACCAGGUAGAUUAAUCCCAACAGUGUCACGGUGGCAUUUUGGGGGAAAUCGUCAUGUUGUAUUUAUUUAUUUAUUUUCAUCCUGCUGUGCUUGGCUGAUACGGUACAAUGGUUUGAAAGAAAAAUGCAGCACUUCUGUUCUAUUUUCACACCACGUUUUGCAGCUCUCCGAGGAAUCCAUAGCACUUACAGGAAUUCUCCUCAUUCUUGCAGGAAUUCUGGAAUUUGGGGAACCGUUGUACCAAAAACCUGGAGAUGGACUUAUCUUUAUUGAUUAUAUAGACAUGCAUCCAAUACAAAUUGAGCUUCCACAGUGAAACAUCACAACCCUGAUAGGUUUAAUGACUCUUUAGGGCACAGGGUACAGUAUUGUUGGGUGUAAUGUAAUUGUGUUUACACAUCUACCUGUUUGGAGUGAAAGAGACAGUCUGAAAAUUGCCCCACUGUGUACAGAGUGAUAUGUGGUCUUCAUUCUGAGGAGAGUGAGAGAGUGCACCAGACACAGUGGUACUACUUUUACAUCGCCUGUAGUUAGCCCACCUAUUAACCAUGGCUGUUGUUCUAAAGCAGUGGUUCCCAACCUUUUAUCGUUUACCUUACCACCAACUGAAAUUUUUCUCUGCCGAAGUACCCCGUGUACAUUUUACCAGUAGGCCUAUGGUCUCAUGAGUCUUCUCAAGUACCCCCUGUGGAUAGGCCAAGUUCCCCUGGUUGGGAACCACUGUUCUAAAGCACUUCAGUAUGUGGAAUCUGUGAAAACCAAAGUGAACAUGCAUAAAACUCAUCUGAAAUUUCUGGCUCGUCAUUUUGAAUGGGGAUAGAUGAUGUGUUUCAAACCUCAAAUAACCAAAGUAUACAUUUUUGGAUUGAGGCGGUAACUUGGAGAGAAAUGCAGUUGGUUAUGAAUUCUCACCAUCUCAACCAUUGGGUUAGUUUGGUGGGUUGGGGUGUGAUCCUAGCAGCGAGAUGUUGUGAACUUAGUACGUGUGAAUGAGUGAGCGUGUGCUGUCUGGGUGCGUGUGUGUGUAUGAGAGAGCCAGAGUGAGAGAGUCAGACGGUCAGAGGAUAUGUGUCGUGAAGCACGGCAAUGUUAUAUUGUGGAAAAAGAAUAUGGUAUGUUGUAAAUAACCUUUGAUUAUUUUACGGAAAUGAGCAGAGGACUGUGCAAUGAGCUGAGGAUACUCUUCUCAUUGUCAUUUUGAAGAUAAGAAUAUAGUUUUCUUACGAUGAUCAUUGAUUAUAUUGUUAUUGUGUUCUUAUUCUUUUAAUGAGAAAAGGUUUUAUUUGUUCAUAGAAUACAUAAUCAGUGUAGAUAUUUGGAUUUUAUGUUUAUAAUUAGUUUUCUCUGAUGGUGAAAGGGGCUCUUCCAUAUACAUUGUCAUAAGAAGCAUGGAUAUGUUGCCAUGGAAGGGCUAAUAGGUUGUGGUCCUGAAGUCGCCUCUUGUCCCAUUUUAUAUUUCGCAAUAACUGUUGUACUACGCAAUAACAAGUUGUACAGUACGUGAUCCCUGUCCAAAUUUACCAGAGGAUUGAAUACUUUAUAUCUAACACAAAAACAAUGAAGUCACAACUUUAAGUAGAACAAAAAAAUACUGGAGACUGUUUUAUUGCCCAUUGUCACUUUUACAUUUGGAUUCAAAUAGUGAGAUUUUGAUAUAGUUUUUUUUAUUGAGCCAAGAAACAAGAAACUUCUUGUAGUUUUCAGUAUUGAUAAAACUGUUUGACAUUUCUUUAUAAAGCAAAACAAGUUCAAUUCUAAGGUGUAGUGUAAGACGGUGGUUAAGACGGUGUUCUCCAGUUGUCAAGGAGAGUUGAAUUACAGAUUGGACAAUGCAAUGAGACUUGGUUUUGAAGCAACUUUACCAUACAGCCCAGCAUAUCUAAUGGGCAUGUGAGGUGUUGAUGAGGUUGAAAAGGUAUGAACAUGUACUGUAAACUUGUGUGUGUGUGUAUACAUAUGUAGGUACUGUACUGUAAAACAUACAAUUUGAAAAGGAAUUUAAACAAACACAAGCAAUACAUUUGGCAAAUGUCUGAUGCAGAAGCCUGCCAAACAAGUUGGUGCUCUGAUAGCAUUUAGGAAUGGCAUGUUAUGGGGAGGCUACAGUACACAGCAUUGUGAUAGGAUGUUCUUCCUAUAGUUGGGUGAGAAAACUGGGCCAUAUUCAGUAGGUAUAACACGACAGGAAGUUGCAGAUAUAAAUAGAAUGUAACCUAUGGAGCAACCAACACAUUAGACUGACAUUUUUCUCUGACACGUUCUUCAUGGCUGCACCUCUGAAUAUGUUUUAGAUCUGUGUGUAUAUUGUAUGAAUAUGUAUAUGCUCAAGAUGUUUUGUGAAGAGAAUGUUUUGGUUGAUAGGCUCCGUCCACUGUGUGUCAACUGGAUUUGAAUAUUCAAAAGCUCUUUGGAUUGCGGCAAUAGUUAUUAUUUUUCCCAUCUGAGCAGCGGUUUGGAAAGGACUACAGUGUAAAUUGUCAAGUGAAAUACCACACCAUCAUGAACCUGUGGUUAUUAUAUCGGUGACACACUGAAAUACCACACCAUCAUGAACCUGUGGUUAUUAUAUCGGUGAUACACUGAAAUACCACACCAUCAUGAACCUGUGGUUAUUAUAUCGGUGACACACUGAAAUACCACACCAUCAUGAACCUGUGGUUAUUAUAUCGGUGAUACACUGAAAUACCACACCAUCAUGAACCUGUGGUUAUUAUAUCGGUGACACACUGAAAUACCACACCAUCAUGAACCUGUGGUUAUUAUAUCGGUGAUACACUGAAAUACCACACCAUCAUGAACCUGUGGUUAUUAUAUCGGUGACACACUGAAAUACCACACCAUCAUGAACCUGUGGUUAUUAUAUCGGUGAUACACUGAAAUACCACACCAUCAUGAACCUGUGGUUAUUAUAUCGGUGACACACUGAAAUACCACACCAUCAUGAACCUGUGGUUAUUAUAUCGGUGACACACUGAAAUACCACACCAUCAUGAACCUGUGGUUAUAUCGGUGACACUGAAAUACCACACCAUCAUGAACCUGUGGUUAUAUCGGUGACACUGAAAUACCACACCAUCAUGAACCUGUGGUUAUAUCGGUGACACUGAAAUACCACACCAUCAUGAACCUGUGGUUAUUAUAUCGGUGACACUGAAAUACCACACUAUCAUGAACCUGUGGUUAUUAUAUCGGUGACACACUGAAAUACCACACCAUCAUGAACCUGUGGUUAUAUCGGUGAUACACUGAAAUACCACACCAUCAUGAACCUGUGGUUAUUAUAUCGGUGAUACACUGAAAUACCACACCAUCAUGAACCUGUGGUUAUUAUAUCGGUGACACUGAAAUACCACACCAUCAUGAACCUGUGGUUAUUAUAUCGGUGACACUGAAAUACCACACCAUCAUGAACCUGUGGUUAUAUCGGUGAUACACUGAAAUACCACACCAUCAUGAACCUGUGGUUAUUAUAUCGGUGACACUGAAAUACCACACCAUCAUGAACUUGUGGUUAUUAUAUCGGUGACACACUGAAAUACCACACCAUCAUGAACCUGUGGUUAUUAUAUCGGUGACACACUGAAAUACCACACCAUCAUGAACCUGUGGUUAUAUCGGUGACACACUGAAAUACCACAGAUAUAUGGCUGACUGUUGAGAGCACCCUUCUGGGUAGCGAUACACAAUCUUCCAGAUGGACUAGAUACAGCGAAAAACAGAGCUUGGCACAUUUGCUUUAUGGAAGCAAAAUAAUUCCCGCAAAUGCUUUAUUUCUUCACAACUACAUACAUUUAGUCAGACAAUAUAAGAAAAUAUUUAGUCACUGGCCAAUGUAAUGUUUGCUCCUGAUUAUCCACUCUUUUGAGUGUCUGAAUCUUUUAAUGUAACUGUACUACAAACACUUAUCCACAAAUAAUGCCAUUCGGAAUAGUAUUUUAUGAAUGUAAUUGUCCUCCUGAGGUUUGAUUUAGCCAAAGUUUCACUUCAAUUAAAUGGGCGUGUAUCAAUGUUCUUCAGCACAUCACGAUUCUAGCUCACCCCAGUGAAUUGGGAGGAUUAAUUAUACUAUAGACAGAUUAUUUUGAUUCAUUUAACACGACCUGAGGAACUUGGUAAUAUGAGCUGUUAGUAUAUUCCCCAUUAAAACAAAACAUUUACAAACCACAAUUUUGAACAGAUGAUUACAGCAUUGGUUGUGUAAUUCUCCUUUUAUAAAAAAAUAUUUUGGUGAUAUAACGCUAUGCUAUAUUGUCCGCAUCUGUACAUUUCUAAUUUUAUUACCUUUUGACUGGAUUUAUUAAGAUAUUUCAUAGUCUCUACCGGUUGAUAUACUGUUAAUCAACAAAAAAUGUGUACCACACAGCUAUAAAUGCACGCCUCAAUGUGUAUUGUAAAAGAGCUUUGCUUUUGGCUGCCAUCAGCUUUUGCCUCAGUCCAAUACCAAAGUUAUCUGCAAUAUUGCAUGAUAUGAUUCUUCCGAACUUUGCUCAGAAGCUGUCAAAUUGCUCUGUGUGUCUUUAAGUCAGCCAUUUCCUUCCAAGUAACUGCAAACUAUAAAUUGCUUUAUUGAGUCCACAUACAGUGCUGUGAAAGUCUUUGCCCCUUUCUGAUUUUCUCUAUUUUUGACAUUGAAUGUUACCGGAUCUUUUAUCUGGUAACAUUCACAUUUUAUGUUGCUGAGUUAAAGCAGUUCUGCAUGGAAGAGUGGGCCAAAAUUGCCCCACAGCGAUGUGAGAGACUGAUCAACAACUGCAUGAAGCGAUUUGUUGCAGUCAUUGCAGCUUAAGGUGGCACAACCAGUUGUUGACUGUAAGGUGGCAAUUACUUUUUUACACAGAGGCAUUGAGUGUUUCAUAACUUUAUUGAAUAAGUAUAAAAUUGUUAUUUGUGUACACAGGUUUUGGUUGAAGAUCUGAUAACAUUCAAUAUCAAAAAUAUGCAAAAAUGUAAAGAAAUCAGAAAAGGGGCAAAUACUUUUUCACUGCACUGUACUUGUUACAAUUUAAGUAUGGAAAAGUAUCUUGAAUAUAUAAAUGUUGUAAGAUGUUAAUUCUAUGUAUUCAAAAAUAUAUAGCUCAAUAAAGUUGUACAUUUCUCAA